GCGGGGCCAUAAGCAGAGGCCGGGGCGGGAUCAUAAACGAAGGCGGGAGGCGGGGCUAGAAGCGCGGGCUGGAAGGCGGGGCCAUAAGCAGAGGCCGGGACGGGAUCCGAAGCGAAGGCGGGAGGCGGGGCCAGAGGCACGGGCGGGAGGCCGGGCAAAGGGACCGUUUGAGGACGCGUGAGGCAGCGACUCCCGAGCAUGCUCCGCUGGGCCCGCACCUGGAGGCUCCCGCACAGCGGGCUUGGCCCCUCCAGCCUCGGCUUUCCUCGGGAGCCCGUCGCACUCAGCAGCAGCGUCCGCGGCGGCGCCACGCCGAGGCCGGUGCCGCUCUCCUACAACCUCCUGGACGGGGAGCCGACCCUCCCGGCCCUCGUCUUUCUGCACGGGCUCUUCGGCAGCAAAACCAACUUCAACUCCAUCGCCAAGGGCCUGGCCCGGCAGACCGGCCGCAGAGUUCUCAUGGUGGAUGCCCGGAACCACGGCGACAGCCCCCACAACCCAGACAACAGCUACGAAGCCAUGAGCCAGGACCUUCAGGAGCUCCUGCCCAAGCUGGGCCUGGUGCCCUGCGUCCUCAUCGGCCACAGCAUGGGAGGCAAGACGGCCAUGCUGCUGGCCCUCCAGAGGCCUGAGCUGGUGGACCGUCUGAUCUCCGUGGACAUCAGCCCCGCAGAGACCACGGCGGUGUCGGACUUCCCGGCCUACAUGGCGGCCAUGAAGGCCAUCCGCAUCCCGGAUGGGUUGCCCCGCUCCUCCGCCCGCAAACUGGCCGAUGAGCAGCUCAGUUCCGUCAUCCAGGACAUAGGCGUGCGGCAGUUCCUACUCACCAACCUGGUGGAGGUGGACGGGCGCCACGUGUGGCGGGUGAACCUGGACGCCCUGGCACAGCACAUGAGCCACAUCAUGACCUUUCCUGCCCACCUGGACGCCUACCCGGGGCCCACCCUCUUCCUCCUCGGCGGAAACUCCGAGUUCGUGCGCCCCUGCCACCACCCCAAGAUCCGGCAGCUCUUUCCUCGUGCCCAGCUGCAGACGGUGCCCAAUGCUGGCCACUGGGUCCACGCCGACUGCCCGCAGGACUUCAUGGCUGCCGUCCGAGGCUUCCUGGCCUGAGAGCCGCCCUGUGGCCUGCUCCGGUUCUGCACACAGGCCCAGGCGGGCCCCGUGGGGGACACGAAGACGCAGAGAUGCUCCGAUCUUUGCCUUUAAUGAGUAAAUAUCGCCCGGCCCAAGGUCUCUCAGCGCCAGCGCCCCCACCGGCCCAGGGGGAAGCGGCCCCGGGGGCCCUGGGCCACUCUGGAGUCUCUGGGGGUCCCCGCAGCACCCCCGGCCUCACGCUCCUUCCGCAGCUGAGUCUCCACCUGCCGCUGCACCAGCUGUUGCAUGUCUUCCUGCGGGCGGGAGAGCGGGGUCAGCAGCGGCCCCGGGCCCGGCCCCCCAGCCCCAGGUGGCAUGCCCACUCUACCUCCCAGGCCUCGACCUCCUGCUGCAGCCUCAGUUUCUCCUCCAGGACUUCCAGCAGCUGGGCCUCCACAGCUUGCAGCCGGGCCCUGCAGCCGUCCAGCUCUGCCUCCAGGGCCCGCUUCCUGCGGGGAAGGGCGCCCGGAGCUGGCAGUGCCUGGUGGUGCUCUCCUUCCCGGAGCCUUCCGCCGCCCCACCCUCCUCCUCCUCUCCCCCUCCCUCCCCUCCCCCUCCCUCUCCUGCCCUGAAGGAGCCCCACGCCCCACCCCACCCCUGCAGGUUGUUGCCACUCACUUGGCAAUGGCCUCAUCGCGUUCCCGCAGGGCUUGGUCCAGCGAGGGCUCUGUCCCAAGGUCCCCCAGUGCUCUAGCCACCCGCCGCGCCGGGCUCUGGCAGGGGAAAGAGGUGGGAGCAGGGGUGAGCUUGUCCAGCUGGGUGAGCCCACCCUGGGCCCUUCUCCUUGGCCUUGGGUGUGAUGCUAGAGCCAGAGGUCCAGGAAGUUCAGCCUGUGUCCCUGAUGGCCAGGUCUGCACAGUGCCAUGUGAGGGGGUGGCCGGCGUCUGGUCCCUGAGCACUGACGCCUUCUCCCCGGACCGCUGAAGGAGGGUCCUGCCGGCUGGGAGCGCAAUUACCCCUCCGGGCCCCAGACCGAGAGGCGGGCUGACUGGGAGGCUAAUCAGUGGGGUGGGGCUGGAGGCCGCGGCCCUUUGCCCUCCUCGGAGGCUGGGUGCCCUAGCAGGCCCCGCCCCCGCCUGCUGCCACGCCCCCGCCUCCCCUGCCCUGUCACACCCACCUCUCACCGGAAGGGGGCGCUCUGCUGCCAUCGGAGGACGGGAAAGGAGGGUCAGGUCCCCGCUCGCCCACCAGGCAACCCUUCCCAGAGUGGGUACUUGGACUGACAUCUACACAAGACGCCCCAGCAGUGCAGUGACCAGUGACAACGGAAACAGAACUGGUCUCAGCAGGAAGCUGGAGGGGGACAAUGGGGCAGUGGUGGAGGGAAGUGGACACUGGGAAAGGGAGUGGUCUUGGGCUGUGUCAGGCGUGAACCCCACCAUAUGCAGUAUUGUCAAGCAUGGUGCCAUACCCAAAAUUAAAGAAACCAAAUUUCAAGA